UGGAGUCCUGUACCCAGAGCGUGUGCCACCCUGUGCUGUCUCCGUCCCUCUCUGUUGCAUCCUAACCUUCAUCAUGGCCCCCAAGAAGAAGGAAGAGCCCAAACCAGCAGCUGCACCCAAACCCCCAGAGCCUGAGCCCCCAAAGGAGCCCGAGUUUAACGCAGCGGAGGUCCAGAUUGAAUUCACCGCUGAGCAGAUUGAGGAUUUCAAGGACGCGUUCCAGCUGUUUGACAGGACGCCCACCAAUGAGAUGAAAAUCACCUUUGCUCAGUGUGGGGAUCUGAUCAGGGCUUUGGGCCAAAAUCCCACCAAUGCUGAAGUGCUGCACGUCUUAGGAAAACCCAAACCUGAGGACAUGCAAGUGAAGAUGCUGGAUUUUGACCAGUUCCUGCCAAUGCAUCAGCACAUCUGCAAGGCCAAAGACCGCGGCACCAUUGAGGACUUCGUUGAGGGUCUGAGAGUGUUUGACAAAGAGGGCAACGGGACAGUGAUGGGUGCUGAGCUCAGACACGUCCUCGCCACUCUGGGUGAGAAGAUGAAGGAGGAUGAAGUGGAGCAGCUGAUGGCUGGACAGGAGGACGCAAACGGCUGUAUAAACUAUGAAGCUUUUGUAAAGCACAUCAUGGCUGGCUGAACAGAUGAUCGAGACUCUUCCAUUGAGGAUCCAAACUAAUGUCAGUUUUAUUUCACUGUUGUUGUUUUGUAAGUUAAAACUGUCAUGCGUUUCUGUUUUUGUACGGCUCUUUGGUCGGUUCUUUCUGAAUGACUUCAUCAUCAUCAUAAUACAUCACAGCUGUUGUUUUUGUGAAUAAGAAAAAUAAAAAGUGUAUUAAAUGUCAUGCUUGGUUUAAA